AGUCAUACACCCGCUGAGGCACGCGUGCCCAAAUAGCAAAUAUUUUGCUUUUUGAAACGAGUUCUGUGGCGCUACUUGAUUUGCCUCUCUGUAGCAUCCAACCCUCCACCAACAAAAACAAAAACCCCUCGAUUCCAGAGAAUGCCCAAAACAGAUAUGCGUUGAAGGGGCACCACAUCAAAACCCUCUCCCCCUUCCGUUCCUCCUCCACUCCCUCUCACCCCUCUUUAAAGGGUUUCUCAUUUCUCAUGCCAUAAUCUUCCAUAGCCAUCCUCCCUUCCUUCUCUGAAAGGAAGAGAAGUGAGAACUAAACAAACUCACAAAUCCAAAGGAGAAGGGGAAGGAGGAUUGAUCUCAGAUCUUUCUCUCUGUUUUCUUAAAUUCUCUCCAAUGUCUGAUCCUAAGAGGUACGUUUCUGAGGCGGAGGUCAAGGCCCACAACAAACCAGGGGAUCUCUGGAUCUCAAUACAGGGCAAGGUCUAUGACGUCUCUGAUUGGGCCAAGGACCAUCCCGGCGGCGACCUGCCCUUGCUCAAUCUCGCCGGCCAAGACGCCACCGAUGCAUUCGUCGCUUACCAUCCCGGCACCGCAUGGCGCCACCUCGACAAGUUCUUCACUGGGUACCAUCUCGAAUCCUACUCGGUUUCCGAGGCCUCCAAGGAUUACAGAAGACUCGUCUCGGAGUUCUCCAAAAUGGGUCUGUUCGAAAAGAAGGGUCACGGGACGUUUAUUUUGCUUUGCCUCAUAGUAGCGAUGUUUUGUAUUAGCGUUUACGGCGUUUUAUGCAGCGAGAACAUAUGGAUUCAUCUGGGUUGCGGCGCUUUGAUGGGGGUUCUUUGGAUUCAGAGCGGGUGGAUUGGGCAUGACUCUGGGCAUUACCAGGUUAUGAACAGCCCCAAAUACAAUCGGGUCGCUCAGAUCCUUAGCGGAAAUUGCCUUGCCGGGAUCAGCAUUGCGUGGUGGAAGCGGAACCACAAUGCUCAUCACAUUGCUUGCAACAGCCUCGAUUUCGAUCCGGAUCUUCAACACAUGCCCUUUUUCGCGGUAUCUUCGAGUUUGUUUAAUUCACUGACAUCAUACUUCUAUGAUAGGAAGAUGAAUUUUGAUUUUUUUGCAAGAUCGCUAGUUAGCUACCAGCACUUGACAUUCUACCCUGUCAUGUGUCUUGCAAGAAUUAAUCUGUUUGCACAGUCGAUCUUGUUGUUGCUGUCUAAGAAAAGGGUCCCCAACAGACGUCAGGAGAUUUUGGGAUUGAUUGUGUUCUGGGUGUGGUAUCCCCUUCUGGUUUCUUGUUUGCCUACUUGGGGGGAGAGGUUCAUGUUUGUUGUCGCAAGCUUUUCUGUUACUGGGAUUCAACAUGUUCAAUUCUGCUUGAAUCAUUUUUCAUCAAGUGUUUACAUCGGCCACCCUAGCGGGAACGAUUGGUUCGAGAAGCAAACUAAUGGAACCCUCGACGUCUCGUGUUCAUCAUGGAUGGAUUGGUUUCAUGGUGGGUUGCAGUUUCAGAUUGAGCACCAUUUGUUUCCCCGGUUGCCUCGGUGCAAUCUUAGGAAAGUUGCUCCUUUUGUGAAGGAGCUGUGCAAGAAGCAUGGUUUGCCUUACACUAGUGUGUCAUUUUGGAAGGCCAAUGUGUUGACAUUUGAGACACUGAGGGCUGCAGCAUUGCAGGCUCGCGAUAUCACCAACCCGGAACCGAAAAAUUUGAUCUGGGAAGCCAUUAACACUCAUGGAUGAGAUUGGGAAUCUCGCCAAGUUUUCAAUCAUUUGUGCUGUUGCAGUCGUCUGAGUCUGUGAGAUGUUAUUUAUGAUAAGUUGGUCUCAAUGAAAUGGAAAGUUCUUUUAGAAAACUAUCAUCUUCAGUUCUUCACCAUUGCUUGGAGUCUUUAAUUACCCAUUUUAUGGGAUCGUCUCAUCUAUCUCUUUUGGAGUCAGCAGCGAACACUUGGCACGUAGUUUUUUUCUCCUUUAGCUUAGGUUCAACAAUGCUUCUAAGGGCUUUUUGGCUUGUAAAAUGGUGUGUUGAACUGUAUUUAGUGUCUGCUUUUGAUCUCAGAAUUUCCUUCUGAGGAUCUGGGCUCCUAUAUAUACAUAUAUACACGUAUGUAUUUCAAUUGGCUUUAUAGUUUCAUUGUUUUCUAGACCAAAGUAGAUUUCGUUUUGGUUUUAAGGCCGACCCUAGCCCAAGUUCUCUCUAUGUUGCUAUUGUAAUUGAAUUUCUUCCUGUUCGUUAUAUUAUAUGAGUAGUUUUCAUUUA